CCGCUGAACACAAUUCAAGCGGCAGAAGAACAGAUGUGUCACGUGACUUCCGCUCGAGGCCUCACGCUGUGUGUCUGUGAGAUUGUGAAUCGAUGAGCAAACUUUGGGUUUAAAGCUGCACUUCAGCGUCGUGAUGGCGUCUGGAUCACCGUGUGUGAACAGCAGAUGGGAUCGUCCCACAGCAGACAGCGGCUCCGUCUCUUCUCCCACAGAUGCGUCUGCAGCUCCGCGGGGGGCGUGGAGAUGGCGGCGGCGAUGGCGGCCAAAAUAAACGCCAUGCUGAUGGCCAAAGGCAAACUGAAACCACUGCAGCCGCUGCCCAGUAAAGCGCCUCCAGCACUUCCUGUCUCCGCUGAUGAGCUCAUCGUGGCUGAAGUCGACAUAAACGACGUGCCGAUGGAGUGCAGGGAUCUGCUGACCAAAGGCAAAACUCAGGACGAGAUCGGGCAGCUGAGCGGCGCAGUGGUGUCCACUAAAGGCCUUUACAUGAGCGACACGGACAGCAGCGCAGGAGCGGCGAGACCGCUGUAUCUUCAUGUUCAGGGCCGGCGUCAGGAGCAGGUCAACAAGGCAGUGGCCAGGAUAAAGGAGAUCAUCUCUGAGGACGUCCUGCGCUUCGGGGGGCAGCAGCCCGCGGUGAUGCCCACUGUCCCGGUGUACCGUCAGACCGUCCCGUCUGCUGCCCGCGCUCCCGCCGUCCCCGGACACAAACCGGCCCCGCCGCACACCGGGAGUUUUGUGCACACUAAGAUAUUUGUAGGCCUGGAGCAGUCGCAGGCGUCCUGUAACGUGAGAGAGCGUGUGGAGGGACCGUCCGGCUCCUACCUGCAGCACAUCCAGUCUGAGACCGGCGCUCGGGUCUUCCUGCGAGGACGAGGCUCCGGAUACAUCGAGCAGGCGUCCCGCCGCGAGUCCUUCGAGCCGCUCUACCUGUACAUCAGCCACCCGAACGCUGCAGGACUGGACGCGGCCAAGAAGCUGUGCGAGAGUCUCCUGGACACGGUGCGGGCGGAUCACUUGAGGAUGGUGUCGUCGUAUCCCUCCGCAGCUCCUGCUCCAGUUUACCCCACACACGGAUACUCUGCUAAUCACAGCUACGGCGGUCAGUCGUGGUACGGUUACCCGAGCUCCUAUCCCACGUACCCCGGUGCCUUCUGGAGCAGCUCCAGCCAAUCACAGCCCAGCAGCGGCGCGGUGCAGUAUCCUGUGUGCAGCCAGAGCAGCUUCCUGCUGCAGGGGGAGGAUGCAGCGUCAGACGGAGCAGACGCCGGCUCCAGUCCAAAGCAACACAAUGCAGAAGAGGAACAGAAAGCACAGAUCUCCACAGAUGUUUUGGAGAAGGAUGUCAGUGCAGCAGAUGACAGCAGGACAUUGAUGCCACCCCCAGCAGCUCCAGUGAGGAAGAGACCGAGAGAAGAGACCUGCAGCACAACACUCACACACUCAGAUGAAGAGCAGCUGAUGAUGAAGAAGAGGAAGACUGCAGAAGAUCCCAGCAUCUCCUCAGGACUGGUUCCUUACGGAGGAGACUCCUCAGACGAGGGAGGAGGAGCGCAUGCGCAGCGGGAAUAAGAGCUAAGCGUCUGAACGCAGGACUGCAGCAUCACACACUUUUAUUUGAUUAAUUGUUUUAUUUUACACAGGACUGAUGUGAACUGUUCCUAUGGAAUAAAGAGAUAAACACA